CUCUCUCGUAUAAGACUUUUGGGACGACUAGUUGCGUUUUUAAGCCUUCGUUGUGAAAAUUUUGAUUGAUUUUUGGAGAGUUGUUGUACUGACGUGUGUUUGGGAGGAGGUCUCGCCGCUGCCUGCCACCACCCAGUGGACGCGUUUAGAGAGGUCACAAUGCCAAAGUCAUUUCUGGUGAAGACGGUGAAGGGAAAGGACGUUGUGGACUCUCGGCAUAGAGAGAGCGAGACCCCGCACACAUACUCAGAGCCCUGGAGCUACACUGAGGGAAGACUCGUCGAUAACGAUAGCGCUUUCCCAGACGACCAGAGCGGCGACAGCGGACUGAGAAUGGCCAUGUUCGGGACCCUGGCAACACGCGCCGAGCUCGGCGGCAGCGGCAAGACCACCAGCCCGCAGCCAGGCGACAGGGACGGCUCCGGUUGCUCACUCGCUGCCCGGGUCGAGCCCCGCUCGUCCGACAAGAAAGAGCUAGCUUUCUCCAUAGCGCGAAUUAUGGAGCCGUCGCCGAACAAACCCGCCCCCAGGCUGUCCGCCGGGUCCGCCGUGGACUCCGCCGGUGACUUCCGACGCGCGCUCCCGUCCCUGGCCCACCCAUGUUUCCCCCUUUCCGUGCUGGACCUGAGCGGCGCCUCGGACCUUCGGAAGGGACUCCUGACGGAACACAAGUCGUUCCGUCCGGCACAGCUGUCCGCCGACAUGUCAGAAGCGAGCCGUCGGAAAUUCUUCCACACGGACUUUCGACUCCCGACCCUCCGAACAGACUUGAUCAAACCCUACCCGAUCUACUACAGUAGAGAACAGGUCCUUCGCGCUCCGACGGCGCCCUUCGCCUUCUACGAGAACAUGAACGCCGUGCGGUUCGUAGACUUUUACUCGAAAGAGACGAUCGCCAACUUUCCCCUGUCACUGGACGGAGGCAAAGUACCGAGCGGUAAGUCGGUGCUGACGGCCCGAGGCGGCGUGACAGACAAUAAGGGCAUUCAGUACGGGACCAGCCCGGGCAGCAUUCAGAUCAGCCCCACCGCAGCAUUGCCGCUAGCGAAGGGCGGGACGGGACCAGAAAAAGCUCGGGGCGGUCGCGGGAAGCGUGCCGCCAACAAGCAGAAGACGUUCCCGUGCGAGGUGUGCGGGAAGAUCUUCAACGCGCACUACAACCUCACCCGCCACAUGCCCGUGCACACGGGCGCCAGGCCCUUCAUCUGCAAGGUGUGCGGAAAGGGCUUCCGCCAGGCCUCCACUCUGUGCCGGCACAAGAUCAUCCACACACAGGAGAAACCGCACAAGUGCCAGACCUGCGGCAAGGCCUUCAACCGGAGCUCCACUCUCAACACACACAUGCGGAUCCACGCCGGCUACAAGCCCUUCGUCUGCGAGUUCUGCGGCAAGGGCUUCCACCAAAAGGGCAACUACAAAAACCACCGGCUGACGCACUCCGGCGAGAAGGCGUACAAGUGUCACAUCUGCAACAAGGCGUUCCACCAGGUGUACAACCUCACCUUCCACAUGCACACGCACAACGACAAGAAGCCCUUCACCUGCGACAUCUGCGGAAAGGGAUUCUGCAGAAAUUUCGACCUGAAGAAGCACAUACGGAAGCUACACGACGGCGGCAGCGCCGGUACCGCACCGGGCGCGACUUCUCCCAGCCCCAGCCUCAGCCCGACACCGACCGCACCGGACACACAACAUCAACUACAGGAAACAACACCUCCAGCCGCAGAGUAAGUCACGGACAGUAUGUGAAUGUCUACAAACGAAUAUCUUCUCAAUUCAGGACUGUAGAUUUUGCUUUAAUAUCUCUGAUGUGAAUAGAGUGAGGACCUUCUUGUUUGAAGUUGUUGGUCACACUGCAAGUACAAGUACAAGUGCCCAUUGGGAAUGACAUUGUAACGUAAGUACCGCACUUCUGACUCCGGAACUGUGUAGUUGUGCCUGGUGAAUUUUGUAGUGAGAAACUCUGUAGCCGUACAGAUAGAGACAAGUCAGUCCGCGUGGCCUUGUCCCGGGGAGCUCGCGAUAAAAUAACUCGCCAGGUAAUCGCUUGUGUGUUAACUAGCUCUCUUAUCAUCGGUACUUUAUAUAUUCUGAGGCCCCACUGAUAACAAAUGAUCCAUACAACCCUUAACGAUAAACGGUUUCAUGAACGAAAAUUAACCCAAAUUCGGACUGCGAUGAACAUUUGACGUCUGAAAAUAUUGCUUGGCAAGUUGCCUUUUUUUCUUGUCACUCCUGUCUGUAGUGCUACGCUCCAAUUAUUGGCAAUUUCAGAAUUCACGCCACGUUGCGUCGCUGUUUGUUUGUGUGUGUGCAUGCCACAUGAAGCCAGCUCUGCCAUAGAUCAGCGCCCGAUGUUUGCGAACGGUUCGGCCUCGGCGCUGACUGUCGCCAUUGUUCGGCACCGGUUCGGGGGGUUCCGUACAGCCCCGGGCCACGUCGCUUCGUAUCAUAUCCGGCGGAGAUGGCCUCCCGACCCACGCGGCGCUAAACGCCUGUCAAUCACGCGUGUGUUCAUCUUCACCUAGCCUCGACCAGGCUUCGGGAGAGGCUGGAAAGAGUAGAAAUUGGCCAA